GGGGUGGCGGUGCCCACAUCCAAGAUGGCGCUCCCGGGAGCUGGGAGCGGGUGACCGGCGGCUGGGAAGCGGCCUGGGCUGGCCCUGCGAUUGCGGGGUCUUGGGGGCAUCUGCUGGGUAGCACCCCCACCCCCCCGGCCCACCUACAAGGCCUUCCCCGGGCUGGAGCAAUGGCCGCCGAGAACAGCAAGCAGUUUUGGAAGAGAAGCGCCAAGCUGCCGGGGAGCAUCCAGCCUGUAUACGGAGCACAACACCCUCCUCUGGACCCUCGGCUCACCAAGAACUUCAUUAAAGAACGGUCAAAAGUCAACACGGUUCCUCUGAAGAGUAAGAAGGCUUCCAGUUUUCAUGAGUUUGCCCGGAACACCAGCGAUGCUUGGGACAUUGGCGAUGACGAGGAAGAGGACUUUUCCUCCCCUGCUUUCCAAACUGUGAACUCAAAAGUUGCUUUGGCAACUGCCGCCCAAGUGCUAGAAAACCACAGCAAGCUGAGGGUGAAACCAGAACGGUCCCAGUCCACGACAUCCGAUGUUCCGGCCAGCUACAAGGUCAUAAAGUCCAGCAGUGAUGCCCAGCUGUCCAGAAAUUCCAGUGACACGUGCCUGAGGAACCCACUCCACAAACAGCAGUCACUCCCUCUCCGACCCAUCAUCCCCCUCGUUGCCCGGAUCUCAGACCAGAACGCCUCUGGGGCGCCCCCGAUGACUGUCCGGGAGAAAACCCGCCUAGAAAAAUUCCGCCAGCUUCUCUCCAGCCACAACACUGACUUGGAUGAGCUGAGGAAGUGUAGCUGGCCCGGGGUUCCCAGGGAGGUCCGGCCUGUGACCUGGAGACUCCUGUCGGGCUACCUCCCAGCAAACACCGAGAGGAGGAAGUUGACGUUGCAGCGGAAGCGGGAGGAGUAUUUUGGCUUCAUUGAACAGUAUUAUGACUCUCGAAAUGAGGAGCAUCACCAGGAUACCUACAGACAGAUUCACAUUGACAUUCCACGGACGAACCCUCUCAUUCCAUUGUUCCAGCAACCGCUUGUGCAGGAGAUCUUCGAACGAAUUCUGUUUAUUUGGGCCAUCCGACACCCUGCCAGUGGGUAUGUCCAGGGAAUUAAUGACCUGGUCACUCCGUUCUUUGUCGUCUUCCUCUCAGAAUAUGUGGAAGAGGACGUGGAGAACUUCGACGUGACUAAUUUGUCUCAGGACAUGCUGCGAAGCAUUGAAGCCGACAGCUUCUGGUGCAUGAGCAAGCUGCUGGAUGGGAUCCAGGAUAACUACACCUUUGCACAACCGGGGAUCCAAAAGAAGGUCAAGGCUCUGGAAGAGCUCGUCAGCCGGAUCGAUGAGCAGGUACAUAAUCACUUCAGGAGGUACGAGGUCGAAUACCUACAGUUUGCUUUCCGUUGGAUGAACAACCUGCUCAUGCGGGAGCUCCCCCUUCGCUGCACCAUCCGCCUGUGGGACACAUACCAGUCCGAACCAGAAGGGUUCUCCCACUUUCAUCUCUACGUGUGUGCAGCUUUCUUGAUCAAGUGGAGGAAAGAGAUCUUGGAUGAGGAGGACUUUCAGGGUCUCCUUAUGCUGCUACAGAACCUACCUACGAUACACUGGGGCAACGAAGAGAUUGGGCUGCUCCUCGCCGAGGCGUAUAGACUCAAGUACAUGUUUGCUGAUGCCCCCAAUCACUACCGCCGAUAGGUGCUGUCUCCCGCUGGGGACCCAGACCAUCCCCAUCUCCGAUGGCAAUCUGAUCACUGUGGCCACUGUGCGAGCCGUGGACCCCGGCCAGGAACCACUCCUUCUGUACAAAGCUCACCCCCGCCGCCCAGGUCUUAACUUUCUGGCGUGCCUGUCCACCACUCCAUGUCUCUGGAGGGGUCUCCGGGACCAUCUCAGUAUUCCAUGACAUGUGGAUGGGCCCUGCUCUGGGAGAGGACAGAAAAGGAGGUACAGGGUUGUCUGCCCCUUUCAGAGAAACUGGAAGGCUCAGGGUCUCAACUCACGUUGCCCGACGCGGACCAGCUGUCUCUUGGCUCCCAGCCCCAGCCAACACCGUUGCUUUUUUGUGACAUAGUUGGAUUGGAUCACAGGUCAGAAACGCCUUAUGUUUUCGGAAGAAUCCCAGCCCCUCCCCUCUGUCCCCGUUUCCUAGCCCUUCCCCCCACCCAAGUCUGAGCCAGUGAGGGGCAGACCUUGUUCUCAGGCGGGGGAGGCCCUCACUGAUGCUCAGAACUCUGGGAAGAGGCCUACAGCCAAGGGCGAGGAAUUUGAUGUUUCCUUUUCUCCCCAGAUGUCUGUAUGUGUGCCUGAGUUUGCGUGUGUGCGUGGGUAUACACCCCCGUCAGCAUUUAGUUACACAGCUGAGUCUCUGUGUCCAGACCAGCCCCGUCACGGUCAGCUAGAGGGGCCCCAGUGACUGAGUGUCCAAGCUGACCUUGAGCAGGAUCUGGGCAGGGGCGGGAGAAGGGACCUUUUUACCUCUCCACACCCCUUCUCCAUGAUGACCCACUCCAAGAUAUUAUGUGUAAAUUGUGUUAUUAUGUAUAUGGGUAAAGAUGUACAAAUAUAUGUCCUCUUUGUAGCAGAUAUGAUUUUAUAUUUAUAACGUGCAUCAACUUGUGAAAGCAAUCUAGGUCACUAGCACAGAUGAAGUUGCCGGGCAGGUGGCUUCAGCGCCUCCACGUUGGUUUCUGGGUGCCCUCCUGUGAGUGGGCGCAGCUGAGCAGAUGGGGCUGCCUCGAGGCAGUCGUCCCAAGCAUCAGUGUCUCUCCUCUCCUGUCUCCCCACCCCGCCCUGGGCCUUGUGGAGCAUCGGGCCCCCCUUCCGGUCUUGAGCAGUCAGAGCUCCCCACCCUCCACCCCGAGCAGCCUCCCAGAGAGGGCUCCAGAGGCAGAGGCCCUUCUGCAUGUUUUUAGCCCCCGCCUUUCCCCUGGAACCUGGGGAGGGCUUUUGUUUGUACAUUUUAAAGUCAGCAUUGUAUUCCAGACAGAAGCUGUGAUUGAGUGUCAGUGCCAAGGAAAGGGGUUUCCUGUGUGUCCUUGGGGUUUGGGGCUCUUCUCAGCCAUUGGGUGUCCCACACUGUCACCAUCACACCCCACACAGCCCGUGAGAUGUGUGACCUCUGUUGGACGUUCCGUGUUUGGUAAUGAAGAGGUGGGGGGACGGUGGCAAGGAGCCGUCAUCCCCUUGGGAAGCCGGACGGUGUCCCCAGUGGGUGACGCCCUGAGUCUGCCAGUGCAGCCCGCCACGCUGGCAGGUUACAUUUCUCAUCGGGAGCUGUUUCUCAGGCAUCCUUUCUAGCCCUUCCCUGUUCCCCUUCCGUGUGCCUCAACAGUCUCCCACAGAGUGAGGGGGCUGUGACCCUCCCUCGACUGGACUAAUUAAAGAAAGACACUUGUGUUCCCAAGUGGUGGUUUUAUUUUUUUAGUUUUUAUGUUUGUAUGGGAAAUUGUGGAUAAAGUGAAAGAAUUGUAAAUAAAUAGUGUAAUUCCUCCUCCA